AUGGUUGAGGGGAAGGUCGCCAGGGUACACGACGUGGUGGUACAGUGGUUGGAUUACAUGUCAGGCCUUCCAGCAUGCGAACCCGGAAGCACAGCCAUUGGAUCUCUUCUGGAGGUUGUCAAGAACAAUCUUCUAGCUGUCGAGUUACCCAAAGGCAUGGGCUCUAUGACAGGUUCUCCUCGACGCCGCUCACUCAGCAACAUGGCACCCAGAACUUCGGACGUCGAUGUCAUGCCCGCUUCGAGCUCCACGGCAUCCUUUGAGGCCAACAUGGCCCCGGGUCUCCCAUCAGAAAAUGAAAACAGUGAGAUACAAGUCGGACUUGUGCGGCUACCGCCCCUCAAUAGUGAUGCUCAUUUCGAAGUCAUCCGACAGUGGCUCGCAGACUGCGACGAGAAUCACGGCUGUAUGACAACUGAUUCAUACAAGCCCAUCUCAGCCACUCGAUCACAACUACUUCCCACGCGCGUCAUCGACGUAAGCCCUCCUGGCUCUACUGAUGUCCGCCCAGUGGAAACAGCCCGAGGAUCGACCGGACGCUGGAUAGCAGUCUCGCACCAAUGGGGCGCCAAACCCUGGUUCUGCACCGUCAAGUCCAACCUUGCCUCUCACCUGAAGGGCAUCCCCCUGUCUUCGCUCCCUGCCACAUUUGCCGACGCGGUGAAAGUGACACGUGCCCUUGGGUGCCAGUACCUCUGGAUCGACUCCAUCUGUGUCGUUCAGAAGGAGGAGGAUGACCCAGGAGACUUCAACAAGGAGAUGAAAAACAUGGAGCAGUAUUACUCUGGGGCAUACUGUGUUCUGGGCCUCAGCGCGGGCGAGGGACACGGGGCUGGGUUUCUAGCGGAGAGAAAGAGAAGGGAAGUGGUGACGAAGCAUGUUCUUCAAGGGCCGCUCAGGAGUCGGGGGUGGGUGUUGCAGGAACACGCUUUGGCGAGGAGAACGGUGUUCUUCACGGAGGCUCAGACGUAUUGGGAAUGCGGAGAAGGGGUCAAGUGCGAGACGGGCACAAGGAUGAAUAACACCCGCGCAGCCUUCUUGGGCGAUCUCAAGUUUCCGAACCUCCUCAAUGAAUGUUGACCAAGGCGAAAAGAUCCUACACUGCCAAAACCUUUUCAAGGUCUACUCAUGUCUAGGGCUGACCAACAGCUUUGGCCGCCCAGCAGCCAUCGACAGCCUCCAGUCUCGAAUCUUACGAGCCCUCAAGGCCAAGGGCAGGUUCGGUAUCUUUGACGAGGGCAAGUCUUUGGGUCUUUUGCGGCGUAGUCUACUGUGGCAGCGGGAUGAUGGUUCCGAUGAUCAGCACCAACACAGAAAAGCUGAUACCCAUCAUCUUUCCCCCAGACAGGGCCAUCUCUGCGGUGCCGUCGUGAUCGUGGAUGAAGUACGAUGGCGGGAUCAAGUAUGUGAAUGUCGUGUUUGAUAGUGUGGAGUGGUAAUGGGUUGAAUCACCCUGGUUUAGGACGAGGCAUCGCCAACAGUCUGAGAGGAGACCAGGGGGCAAUGAUAUCACUUUGGUGGCCAAGGUACAAGAUGAUGGUAAUCGGUAUUGAGAGGGAAAUAUCAUCUUGGAUUGUCCUGGACAAUCAAGCCCACAUCUGCCACACAAGUGUGUGGUUGGGAAGGCAGAAGCACUUUGACGAGAGGAAUGAGAGAAAGCAGCUUUGUUAUGUUUUGAUACUGCGUGAGACGGGGGGCAGCUUCAUGCACCCAGGACACGGGAAGCUUAAGAUUUAUGAGCGAACUGGUGCUGGGAGUCUACCAGUCACAUGUUUGGAUGGUGGAAGAGUAAUGGUCGCGAUUCAAUAAGGAAAAGCUGAGGUGAAUCACAGAAACCAUAUAAGACUGUGGCAUACCAGCUUACCUUAAUUAGAUGGCACGCGACCCUGAUUUCAAUGUGUUUCAUUGUCUCCCAAGUUACUCAAUUGUUAACUUUCCUACCUACAAUCACAACUAUACAAUAAGCAGU